CAUUAUGUUCAUUCUCUUCUCAACUUCAGCUUCAUGUUAACAAAGGAAGAUUUCAUUGUCUGAGAUCAUGCCCUGCCUACUCUUUUCUCUGAUAAAUUCAAAUGUAUAGCCAAUUUUCUUCAAAGAACAAUACCCAGGCUAUAAAGAUCGAGGGAUAAGCAAAAGUGUGUAUGCAACUGUUUAGGUGAAGAAGAAAAUUCAGGGAUCAAGUGAAAACAAAGCAGAACACACAUCUAUUCCCCCUAAGUGGAAUUAGGAGCUAACUGCAGAAAAGCUAUAAGGGGUAAAGUGCUUCUCUCAAGGCCUAGAGCUUGAAGUCUAAGAAAGAUUUAAAUUUGCUGAAUAAGUAUCAUAAAUAGUAAAUCAACUACCUUUAACAGUUUUAUCUCUUUUGUUUUUCUUUGACUUUCUCCUCCUCUUUGUGCUAAUCCUUUGUACUUAUAAGAUAUAGAGUUAAAAUUGCUUUCAAGUAAUAGAUCUAAAAACCCCUGCCAUUAGAUAUUGGAUCAGAUUUAAAUGAAUCUUUUGAGAAUUUGGUGAAGAACUCUUUUUAUACUAAAUGAUAAAAAAAACUAGAAUAUAAUAGCAAUAGAAAAUGUUAGAAUAGAAUAGUAAAGAAAAUGGAUUAUCAUUCAUAACAAAUAUUUCAUGUAAGAAGGAUGAAUAAGCUAGUUUAUUUAGCUCCACAUUCCUUAUUCUAUAGACUUAUUUAGAGCGUUUAUAAUUCAAAUACAGUUCAUACAAUUUUAUUUAUAUUUUAAUUGAAUUAAAAUAUAAAAUUAUAUUCUAUACAAAGGCUAUUUUUUGGGUAGGCAGGGGACUAGAAAAACCAUAUUAUUGAUGUCGAAAAGAUUUACAAUGUUGUAAUCCGCAAUUUUGAGGACAGGUAAGAUUAGUUGUUGCUAUUGAAACUAGUUGCUAUCCAUAAUUAAUCCAGCUGAUAUAUGUCUAACAAAGACAAAGCCUUUUAAUCCCAGUAAAUACCAUUCUACUCUGCACCUACCGAUGACAAUCCGCCUUUGGAUUGGAGCGUCAACAUUGUCAGUGCUAAUUUUUGGGGAGAUGUUAUUAGUUUCCUAUAUCUGUGGGCUUUCCUGUCAGUUUGUACAAGAUUAGGGGUUUAGAAAACUGUCCCUUUCGCUUUAUGCUGUGCAUGCUUUUGCUGGGCCCAAAAGAGGCGCAGCACACCAGCUUCUCUUUCUAUCUGCCUGUGUCGCUGCACUUGAAAAGAUACAAGUGAGAUUUAAUCUUGGAUUAUAUAUAAAAUUUUAUAUUUAUUUAUGUAUAAAUUCAUGUUGAAAAAAGUACACAAAAGUAGGCACUUAAAGUAAGAUAUUCAUUCAACAAUCUUGUCUCUCGUAAUCUUCAUUCUGUUUGACUCUUAUCUUGACAUGGGAUGGGACCAUCUUCCAAAAUAAAUGGUGUCGUGUGGUUUUUGGUUAAAAAUGGUGGAUAGAGAACGUUUCAUGUUGUGGGUUCGAGAGGAAAGUUGUGAACAUUAUUAAUGGAGAAAUGGGUUCUUGCUCUUUUCCUGGUUUGGCUGAUUCUGCUGGUGCAUCCUUUGUCAAAGAUCGCUGCUAACACGGAAGGUGAUGCUCUGCACAACCUUCGCUCUAAUUUGCUAGAUCCUAACAAUGUCCUGCAGAGUUGGGACCCUACGCUUGUCAACCCAUGCACUUGGUUUCAUGUUACAUGUAAUAAUGAAAACAGCGUUAUAAGAGUGGAACUUUAUAGUAAUAACAUAACUGGGCAAAUUCCUAGUGCUCUUGGGAAUCUAACAAAUUUGGUGAGCUUGGAUCUUUACUUGAACAGUUUCACUGGUCCUAUUCCAGAUUCAUUGGGCAAGCUGACGAAAUUGCGUUUCCUCCGGCUUAACAAUAACAGCCUAUCAGGCCCAAUACCUCUAUCUUUGAUAAAUAUUACAGCCCUUCAACUCUUAGACUUAUCAAACAAUCGCCUAUCAGGGCCUGUUCCAGACAAUGGCUCAUUUUCACUUUUUACUCCCAUCAGUUUUGCGAAUAACAUAGAUCUGUGUGGCCCUGUUACUGGGAAGCCUUGCCCUGGAUCUCCACCGUUUGCUCCACCACCUCCAUUUGUUCCAACUGCAACAGUUUCUUCUCCAGGCAAAAGUAGUCUGACUGCAGCAAUUGCUGGAGGAGUGGCUGCUGGUGCUGCUUUACUUUUUGCUGCUCCAGCUGUUGGUUUUGCAUAUUGGCGGCGAAGAAAACCACAAGAAUUUUUCUUUGAUGUACCUGCUGAAGAAGAUCCAGAAGUCCAUUUAGGGCAGCUGAAAAGAUUUUCUUUACGAGAAUUACAGGUUGCAACUGAUACUUUUAGCAACAAGAACAUCCUGGGUAGAGGUGGAUUUGGUAAGGUGUACAAGGGUCGCUUGGCUGAUGGUGCAUUGGUGGCAGUGAAAAGACUUAAAGAAGAGCGGACACCUGGUGGAGAGUUACAAUUUCAAACGGAAGUGGAGAUGAUUAGCAUGGCAGUGCAUCGGAAUCUCCUGCGUUUACGUGGUUUCUGUAUGACCCCAACUGAGCGACUGCUUGUUUAUCCAUACAUGGCAAAUGGAAGUGUUGCAUCAUGCCUAAGAGAGCGGCCACCAUCAGAGCCACCCCUUGACUGGUCAACUAGGAAGAGAAUUGCAAUUGGCUCUGCAAGGGGUCUUUCAUAUUUACAUGAUCAUUGUGAUCCAAAGAUCAUUCAUCGAGAUGUGAAAGCUGCAAAUAUAUUGUUGGAUGAAGAGUUUGAGGCUGUUGUCGGUGAUUUUGGUUUGGCUAAACUUAUGGAUUACAAAGAUACUCAUGUCACUACUGCUGUACGUGGCACCAUCGGGCACAUCGCCCCUGAGUAUCUGUCCACAGGGAAGUCAUCAGAGAAAACUGAUGUUUUUGGUUAUGGUAUUAUGCUUUUAGAGUUAAUCACUGGGCAGAGAGCGUUUGAUCUUGCUAGGCUUGCAAAUGAUGACGAUGUUAUGCUGCUUGAUUGGGUUAAAGGGCUCCUAAAAGAGAAAAAAUUGGACAUGCUUGUUGAUCCCGACCUGCAGAACAACUAUGUUGAAACUGAAGUUGAGCAGCUCAUUCAAGUAGCACUUCUUUGCACACAAAGCUCCCCGAUGGAUCGACCAAAGAUGUCUGAGGUUGUCAGAAUGCUUGAAGGUGAUGGCUUAGCAGAAAAAUGGGACGAGUGGCAAAAGGCAGAGGUAAUUAACCAUGACCUUGAACUUGCCCCGCCUGGAAAUUCUGAUUGGAUCGUCCACUCUACCGACAAACUUCAUCCUUUCGAGUUAUCAGGUCCAAGAUAACCAUAUAGUUUGAUUAGGUACUUGUCAUUCAUUCUUCUGUAAGUUUGUGAUAUAAACAGCUUAUCACUAAUCAUGCAUAUAGAUCCUUUUAGGGUUUAAUUCAAUUUAAUGCUUAUCAUUGAACAAUCUAAUGAAAUAGCUUCAUUUGUGACCUGAAAGAAGUUGCUUAUUUUGGUUUUCA